AAGUCAAGUUAGAAGCACUUAAAUCCUUUCUGGAAUGAGAGUUGCCGUUUAACUUGAAAAAAAAAACUGUGGAAAAAAAAAGGGGGCAUACAUACUGAAAAGGCACUAUAACAUAACAGGUUUAAAUUGUGUACUUAAAUGAUUAGACAAAUAAAACUAUUUCUAGUUUCAGCAGCAUGUAAUAUUAAAGCUAGAUCUCUAGCCUCAGUUUGAGAGAGCGUUAGGUAGACCCUUUAUAUAUGAACUAAAAUUCCAGACAUUGCUUAUUCUUGAAAACAGAUUUCUGUUAAAGAUAAGUUCAGGAUUUGACAUUAAAUCAAGUGUUUUAAAAAAAAAAAUGAGAUGGUACAGGUAUCACGUAAUGUUGGAAGGUAAAUUGAAAGUAUUGAAACGCUAACCAAGAACACUUGAAAGGUUAUUUACUAGCCAUUUUGUGGCCAAAUGUUGUUGCAAACAUACCUUGAACCCACAUUUGACAUAACCAAUUUAGGAGCUAAAAUGCAUAUCUUAAGUUGUAUGCUGAAAUAUAAAAUCAUUUUAGAAAAGAAGAAAAAUUAUUAUUUGGUUCACCAAGAGCAGAUAAAAAGGUCAUUUAAAAAUCUACAUUUAUGUUUUAUUGAAUCAAAACAUUUCUUUUCCAUUUUAUUCUUCAUAAAAUUAUUUGACUGGGUCUGUUCCAUGUUAUUGUUAAAAUGAAAAUGUUGUAGUGCAUAUUUUAAGUGUUAAGAUAAAAAGAUUUUGUAGAUUUUCAAUAGUUUGCCCAUAGAAAACUUUAAGAGCUAGCUCACUAACUUGUUUGCUCUUGGUGAGUUGAUAUAAAUUUACAGAUAUGAAUCUUAUGUAAUUGGCUCACUCAUUAAGUGAUUUAUUAUUGGGAUAUAUUUGUGAAAUAACCUGCAAUGACAGGUUUCGAGGAAAGAGAAUUCUAUUUUUAUUUUCAGUUUGCAUUCUCCCGUGUUUGUAGGUCAGAUGAUUUCAGUGAAAGGUUGAAUUUCCCGUGCACAGACACUGGUUGACGGAAAUGCCAGCUCUUUUUUCAAUCUCUAUUUCAGAUUCAGAAUCAUUUUCUCUUAACUUUUCAGGAAUUAAUUUCAUGUCUUUAUAUGCAUAUUACAAUUUAUUUAUACCCUGUGUUUAUGUUACUGUUAUAUGAAAGUUUUGAGGUUAUUUGUGAAUUUUUAUAUUUUUUUUUCAUUUUACUAACUUUGUAUUUUGUUAUAAAAAGACACUAUGUAUGGGAGAUCAAUUAUUUCUGUUAAGUUUUUGUGAGAAACAUUUAGGACACAUUUUAAGUCCAUGACAAUUCAUUAAGUUUAGGUUUUUUUUCCUUACAGAUAUAUAAAAAAAAGUGCAGGUACUGUAAAAUCAGAUAUAUAUGUGAGGGGAAAUUCAUGCAAAAUCAACAUUUAUGACUAAAUAGAAAAGUAAAGUAUUCUCAAAAUUUUACCAUCAAUUCCGUUUCAUUUAUACAAUAUGUAGAUAUUAUGCAAACAUUCAUUUUUGUGAAAAUCUUCAGUUUGCAAAAAAUUAACUCCUCACAAAAAUUCUGACUUUACAGUAAUUAAAUGUAUUGUUUGAUUUAAAGGUUUAUAUGACAGAAUGUUUGAGAGAUAACCUGACUCACAGGUGAUGAAAUAGUUUCAAAACUUUUUAGAUUCAGACCGAGAGAGAGAGGGAAAAAUAGAAUAUAACAUUAUUGAAAGUUUUAAGGAAUAGGAAUUUUGGCCGUACAUUUGAUUACGCUUAAGUCUUGAGAAUUGUUGUUGCGAUGAUACCAUAUGUAUGUUUUCCUUCUUUUCUGUAUUUUUAUGUGCUAGCAAUAAGUGGGCUAUCCCGCAUGAAAAGAUGCGAAAAAAACACGGUCACCCCGACAGAAAUAUCACCUUGUUGACUCCGGACAGAGAAGUGGUAACAAAAACUGUUUAAAAGCAGAGAAAAAAAACUUGAAUUGUAUAUUUCUUACUCUAGAUGUUUUUUUUUGCUCAAUUCUGAAAUUUUGAAGCCCUCAGUAUCUACAUGUAGACCCCUCUUCUAAUUUAUCAAGUCUGUUAAAUUUUUUUAGACAAUUCAUUUAUUCAGAAUCCACGUUGGUUCUUUUAUGGUGUAAAUAGUUAAAGUGAUGAAAGUGAAUAGAUUGGUGCAAAAAGUAAACUCUAAAAUAAAAAUUUACUGUUAUUCGCAAAUGUGUCAAAAUUUGAAGUUUUAUUGGUUGUUUAAUGGUGGAAAUUGAAAAAAAAAAUGGGGAUGCUUUUGACAAUUAAUGUACAUACAUCAAAAACUUAUUGAUUUAAUUAUAAGCUACAAAACAUCGUUUUAAAAUUUUGUGAUAUAAAUAUUUUUAAAAUCCUGAGAUGGUUGACAUGCUUAAAAGCUAUCUGCUCUUUGCCACAAUUAUUAUACAAGACUCUUUAACUAGUGGCUAUUGACACUCAUUUUAACAUUUUGAUAUGGAAAUACCUUCAUUAAAACAACAUAGGACUGUUUGAACUUCAGUGAUGCAAAUUUUAAUGUGUAAUAUUUUUACAGAAUAAUCUUCAAAAUCUGCGAAGAUUAUCCUUUUAGAUAGUAUUUCGAUUUGACCGAACUAUUUGAAAUCACAAAAUCCUACAUUUUUGACCUGAUAAAUGUACCUUUUGAAUAGCCAGAAUUUUUAAAACUUUUUUUAUUUGAAGCGAAAAAACAUUUAAUGCCAUCAAAAUUGACUGAUCCCCCCUGUAGAUAAUGAGGGCUUCACAUAAUUAAUACAUAUACUGACUGGAUUAAUUUGCCAUUUUAGAUGAUAUUCCACAGUCGGAUAUGUCCGGGCCUGUUCUGGAGGGUCCAGGAGCUAAGAGAGAGUUGAAACCUUUUACUUUACCGAAGCUGACCUCAUCCCAGCAAGAUGCUCUCCAGUCUGCAAAGAAGUAUGCCAUGGAAGCCAGUAUAAAGAGUGUACUUGUGAAACAAACCAUAGCCCAUCAACAUCAGCAAAUGCAGAAUUUCCAGAACACGGUACAAAGACAACAGGCUUUGGCUCUGAUGUGCAGAAUAUAUGUUGGAAGUAUAAACUUUGAAAUAAAAGAAGACACUAUAAAACAAGCGUUCCUGCCAUUUGGUCCCAUCAAAAGUGUGAACCUGUCAUGGGAUCCCAUUACAAACAAACACAAGGGGUUUGCGUUCAUAGAGUAUGAUAUACCAGAGGCUGCUCAGUUGUCACUGGAACAGAUGAAUGGUGUAAUGAUUGGUGGCAGAAAUAUAAAGGUUGGUCGACCUAGCAAUAUGCCGCAAGCACAGCCUAUUAUAGAGCAGAUUGCUUCAGAAGCCAAAAACUACAAUAGAAUUUAUAUAGCCUCUAUACAUCCAGACCUUACAGAGAAAGACAUCUCUAGUGUGUUUGAAGCAUUUGGAAAAAUUGUAAGCUGUAUGCUGAUUAAAGAUCCAACAUCUAAAGGUGGACUAAGACAUAAGGGUUAUGGUUUUAUAGAGUACACAAAUUCUCAAUCUGCAACUGAUGCUGUGGCAUCCAUGAAUCUGUUUGAUCUGGGAGGACAAUACCUUAGAGUGGGGAGAGCAAUAACGCCACCAGAUGUAUUAAUGCAGCCUCAGACACCAGGUCUUGGCGCUAUGCCAACAGCAGCAGCAGUAGCAGCUGCAGCAGUCACUGCUAAAAUAACAGCAAUGGAUGCUCAACAGCAGCUUAUUCCUCCAGGCGUAGUAAACCCAACCCAGUUGGGUGUUACAGGUAGCCCAAAAUUAGGGUUACAAGCUGACCUUAACAUGAUUGGUGGCCCUGGUGUAGUUAUACCACAGUCUCUAGGCAUAGCUCCGCCCACUGUGGCAAAUAUUCCACCACCAGGUGUCGUCACUGCAGGCUUGGCGGGACCUAAAGCUCUUCCUAAAGUAUCAUCUAUGAUGCCGCCAACGACAGGAAACAGUUUACAGGCUGCGAUCUCAUCAAUGGUGGACUCAGAUUCGGAGAAAAGACGAGAGAAGGAGAAAGAGAAAGAACGAGAGAAGAAAGAAGCUGAGAAGAAGAUGGCGGAGGAAGAAGUAAAUCAAACAUUAGAACAACAAGAGACGAUGAAGAUUAGUGGUAGUAACGCGAGGCACAUGGUGAUGCAGAAAUUAAUGAGACAAUCUCAGAGUCGAGUAAUGGUAUUAAAGAAUAUGGUAGGUCCAGAGGAUUUAGAUGAUGAGUUACAGGCGGAGGUAUCGGAUGAAUGCGGCAAGUACGGACAGGUGAACAGAGUUAUUAUAUAUCAGGAACGACAGGGAGAAGAAGAUGAUGCUGAAGUUAUUGUGAAAAUAUUUGUAGAAUUCAGCGAUUCUGCUGAAGUGGAGAAAGGCUGCCAGUCAUUAAAUGGACGGUGGUUCGGUGGACGACUUGUGCAGGCGGAAAAAUACGAUCAGGAUUUGUUUGAUGCAAAUGAUCUCUCGGGUUGAAAAUAUCUCUUCACACAAUGUGUUGUCAUUUUAAUCAUUCAUCAUCGACAGGUCUACCUAGAACAUCAAAUGUGUUGUUUUCAUGAUUACGAAAUAACAAUAGGACAAUGGUAUGACUAACGCAGGGAUAUCGAUUUGUGUAUAAUGUAAAUAAAUGACAAUUUAUAUUUACAAAUAGAACUUUGAAAAAAAAAAUAA